AUGAGAGCACUGGCAGCAAAAGACCCACACUUCAUAUGCAGAUUCACUACAGAUUUGGAAGACAGGUUAGUGGACAUUUUUUGGCGAGAUGAGCAUUCAUUUGUUGAUUAUCAGUGUUAUGGGGAUGUGCUGAUAUUCGAUAGCACAUACAAAACCAAUGUUUACAACAGGCCAUUGGUUUUGUUUGUUGGGUCGAACAACCAUCGAGGUAGAAUUAUUUUCGGUGCUUCCCUUAUUUCGGAUGAGACUGAGGAGACAUACACUUGGUUGCUUCGUACAUUUUUGGAGUCGAUGAACGGGAAGAUGCCAAAGGCGGUACUCACAGACAGUGACGAGGCCAUGCGUAAGGCAAUUGACACUGUGAUGCCUAAAGCAAGGCACCGUAUAUGUAUUUGGCACAUAGGUAAAAAUGCCUUUACCCACUUAAAGUCUGAGGAAGAGUUGAAGGCUUUUAACAGAUGCGUGAGGAAGUAUCAAACAGUUGAGCAAUUUGAAAGGUUGUGGCAGGAAAUGAUUGAGGAACUUGAUCUCCAUGACGAUAUUUGGAUUGGGAAUAUGUAUGAAAAGAGAGACAAGUUUUGUCAAGCAUUCUUCGGUGACAUAUUUAUGGCCGGAAUGAGAAGCACACAAGGGUGUGAGGGCAUGAAUAAAGAAUUCAAGAGGGUGCUUGGUAAAGGGAAAUCCCUUGUGGAGCUUGUUACGUUGGUGUCUAGAUUACUUAUGAAACUAAGACACAAUCAGGAAAAGGAUGAAUUCAUCAAUAUGAAUUUUCCUGGUGUCGUAACUCACUUGGUAGAUUUGGAGAUACAAGCCUCUUCUAUAUUUACACACGAUGUGUUUAAGUGGAUUGUAAGAGAGAUCAAGAAAGAGAGAUUUAUUACACUAAAGCAAGGAGCAAAAUGUCAUGAAGAUGGUAGUCAUGUUUACAAGGUAUCAGUUUACAAACGGCCUGAAUUUGACAACACUGUUGUUUACCACCCUGAGAAAGAGACUGACAGUGCAGAAGACCCGAUUAUGGUGUGUUCUUGCAGAAUGUUUCAGUACAGGGGAGUACCAUGUCGUCACAUGUUCACGGUGAUGAUAAACGAACACAUUUUUGAGCUUCACAAGUCACUGAUCAUCAAGAGAUGGUCAAAGGACGCAAGAACUAUGUGUGAGAUCCCUUAUCCGGAUCAAUCUAUGCCCAGAGAAGCAUUGGAAGUGAGCAGGUAUGGUGCUCUAACUGCCGAAUGCAAUCGAUUGUGUUUUUAUGCUUCAAAGACAGAUGCAGGGUACAACUUGUUGCAGAAGGAGAUCAGUAAACUCUCAUCAAUUGUGGAAGGUUUUGCCAAAGAAAAAGAAAAAGUUCAAGCUCCGGCCACACCCAGCAACAUCAAAGGUAAUGUUGUGAGAGACCCUAUCCCGGUUAGGACCAAAGGCAGAGAAAAAAUGACAAGAAGACUGAGGCUCCCAGACGACCGAUUACUUGUGGUUAUUGCCAAGGUAUUGGACACAACAGUCAAACAUGUAAUGUUAGGAAGGAGAAAGAAAAAGCUAAGAAGAGCAAUGAAAAUGACGAACGAAACACUGACCCUCGUCCUUCAGUUGCAACACCUGUAA